AUGCUUGCACUCCGGCAGAAGGCAUUCCAGGCCUCAGGGCGCCUCCCCCUCGCUGCUGUCCAAGCUAGACGCCAAUACUCCUCACCACCAGCGAAAGACGACCACCACGGAGAGCAUAGCGAUCAUGGACACAGAGACCAUGGACACCACCACGCAGAGCCUCAGCCGGAAUCUCUAGGAGUUAGUGGUAUCCCUUCUCUCUUCUGAAUCGCAAUUGACCGUUUCGCAGACUGGCUUCUUCCUCGUGCUUGCUACGAUCCCGCUCUCCCUGGGAGUAUAUGCUGCGUCUAGACCCGACAAAGAUGGAAACAUGGCAGGCUUCUCAAAGUUCAUAGAUGGAUAUUCAUACUACCAGGAGAAAUGGAAGGCACGAAACACAUUACACACAGCUGCCAUAGAACAAGCUGCUUUUAACCGAAACUUGCUGCACGGUCAGAAGGGAACGACCCAUGUGGAUCUGAGGUUUCCAGAGUAGGUUUGCUCGAGCCUAGCUAUGACGCUCCAUGCUGACCAAUUUUAGGGUAUUCAACACUGGUUCUCCUUGGAAUGUCGUUGCUGGACAGGGGCCUCGAAAUAUGGAUGCCGUGGUUGCACAUUAUACAAAGAUCAAUGCGGAUGAGGCAUCAAGGAGGGCAAAUGCAAUGGCGGAAAAACAAUGA